AUAGGUCCAACAAUAUGAUAACCUCUGGUCUGAUAACCACCGCAUUAAUUCCAAAAUUCUCACUCAAAAGCUCUCAAAAAAAAAAAAAGUGUUGGCAACUAAAAAAAUGUCAAUCACAAAUCUCCUCGCCACAAGCAACGCCGUCAGAUUGGAUGGAGGCAGCUUAUUUUCCCGUUUCGCCGGCAAACCAAACCACUUCUUGGCUCGUCGUAUGUCACAGACGACUCGUAGAGUCCAAGCUUGUUGUUGUCAUCGUGACACGAUGCUGAAAGCUGUGAUGCCGUCUACGAUGCCUGAGACAGAAACACGUAGUGUCAGCUACGGAAUUGAAAUCGUCUCUUUCUUAAAAGGGAAAAGCUAUCUUGUUACCGGCGCAACAGGGUUUCUUGCUAAAGUGUUACUUGAGAAAUUAUUGAGGGCAAGCACUGAGAUUGGGAAGAUCUUCCUUCUGAUGAAAUCCAAGGAUCAAGAAUCAGCUAACAAGAAACUUUAUGACGAGAUCAUAAGCUCGGAUCUGUUCAAGCUUCUGAAGCAAAAGCACGGGAGCUCUUACGAAGCCUUCAUGAAGAGCAAGUUGAUUCCAGUAAUGGGAGACAUUGGAGAAGACAAUCUCGGGAUCGAAUCUGAAAUAGCAGCCAAGAUUAGUGAUGAGAUUGAUGUCAUUAUAAGCUGUGCUGGUCGCACAACAUUUGACGACAGAUACGACUCUGCUUUGAACGUCAAUGCUCUUGGACCUGGUCGUCUCUUGAGCUUCGGCAAGGACUGCAGGAAACUGAAACUUUUUCUCCAUUUAUCAACUGCUUACGUGACUGGUAAGAAAGAGGGAACAGUACUAGAGACUCCUCUCUGCAUUGGUGAAAACAUAACAUCUGACUUGAACAUCGAAUCAGAGCUCAAACUAGCAUCAGAAGCUGUGAGAAAUUUCCAUGACAGUGAAGAAAUCAAGAGAAUGAGUGAACUUGGUAUCGAAAGAGCUCAACACUAUGGAUGGGAAAACGCUUACACAUUCACAAAAGCCAUGGGUGAAUCUGUAAUUCACAACCAGCGUGGAGAUUUGCCAGUAGUGAUCAUAAGGCCAAGUAUUAUAGAAAGCUCCUACACAGAGCCUUUCCCUGGCUGGCUCCAAGGAAUAAGGAUGACUGCUCCAUUUAUCUUGGCCUAUGGAAAAGACCUCAUUUCUGACUUGUGGGCAGAUUAUCAAUCUUUUUGUGACAUUAUACCUGUUGAUAUGGUUGCAAACGCGGCAAUAGCAGCCAUGGCUAAGCACGGCGGUGGUAAUGUCCCAGGGCUCAAAGUUUACACUCUCACUUCUUCUUCUCAUGCGAAUCCCCUGCGAGCUGGCGAGUUUAUGGACUUUUGUUAUCAGCAUCUGUGUGACUCUCCAUUGACUGACACAAAGCUAGACUUAGAGCGUAUAAAAUUCCACAGUUCCUUAGAGGAUUUCACCUCCUCUGUAUCCAACAAAAUAGCAAAACAAGAAAGAGAGACGAGCACCGGAAGAGGAGAAGGAGGAGGAGAUUCACACACCACACUGAGCAUGAAGGGGAAGAGGAAGCUAAACUAUUUUGUGUCCUUAGCAAGAACAUAUCAGCCUUACACUUUCUUUCAAGCACGGUUUGACGACACCAAUACAAGGAGUCUGAUUCAGGAGCUGUCAAUGGAAGAGAGAAAGAUGUUUGAGUUUGAUUGCAGGUGCAUUGACUGGGAGCAUUACAUUGUCAACGUUCAUCUUCCAGGUCUCAAAAGUGAACUCUUUCGGCAAAGAUCCAGUUAAAGAGAAAUGAUUUAAGCCGACUUUCAAUAAUUGUUCUAUCACCUACCUAUUUUCUAUUCAACUUGCAAUGAUUUAAGAGGCUUCUGUUCUGUAAUAAAUGUAUCACUUAUCUAUAUGAAAUCCAUUCGAACCAUCAAAGUGAAGAAAUGGGGUAUCUUGCAUUUCAAGUUUAUGACCAUAAUUAUAUUUUUAUUGUACAAUUAGAACAAGAAAGACUUUUAACAGAUCCAAAAAUAAUAAUAUUAUCUCCAAGAA